CUGGCGCUGCCCGGCCGCCUUCGAGCUGCCGGGCGGGGGCGUGGAGCCCUGUGCCGGCCACCCAGCCCCGCUGCAUCCGAGGGAGGCGGCCCCUCGAGCCUCGCCUGGGAGGGCCUCAGGGGGUCCACGGGCGUGCAGAGCCCUAGAGUCGCCAGCUCGAGUCCCUGCGCGACCCGGCCGUCCGGGAAGCCAAGUGUCCAAACUAGAAGAGAACUUGGGGAGAACCCGAGCCAACCACCUCGUGCAACAGGUGGAGAAACUGAGUGUCAGGAAGCGGAGGAUCUGCCGAAGUCACAGCGCGUGAACCCCACACCCAGGACCCGACGCCCUUAGCGCAGUGCCCGAACUCCUUCCACUUGGUAAAAAUGGAAUUUCAAGCAGUAGUAAUGGCAGUUGGAGGGGGAUCUCGGAUGACAGACCUGACUUCCAGCAUUCCUAAACCUCUUCUUCCAGUUGGGAACAAACCUUUAAUUUGGUACCCAUUGAACCUGCUUGAGCGUGUUGGAUUUGAAGAAGUCAUUGUCAUUACAACCAGGGAUGUCCAAAAGGCUUUAUCUGCAGAAUUCAAGAUGAAAAUGAAGCUAGAUAUCGUGUGUAUUCCUGAUGAGGCUGACAAGGGAACUGCAGAUUCUCUGCGCCACAUAUAUCCAAAACUUAAGACAGACGUACUGGUCCUGAGCUGUGACCUAAUAACAGAUGUUGCCUUACAUGAGGUGGUGGACCUGUUCAGAGCUCAUGAUGCAUCACUUGCCAUGUUAAUGAGGAAAGGCCAAGAUGGCGUAGAACCAGUUCCAGGUCAAAAGGGGAAAAAAAAGGCAGUGGAGCAGCGUGACUUCAUUGGAGUGGACAGCACAGGAAAGAGGCUGCUCUUCAUGGCUAAUGAAGCGGACUUGGAUGAGGAGCUGGUCAUUAAGGGAUCCAUCCUGCAGAAGCACCCUAGAAUACGUUUCCACACAGGCCUUGUGGACGCCCAUCUCUACUGCAUGAAAAAAUACGUUGUGGACUUCCUAAUGGAAAAUGAGUCAAUCACGUCCAUCCGGAGUGAACUGAUUCCAUACCUAGUAAGAAAACAGUUUUCCUCAGCUUCCUCACAACAUGGACAAGAGGAAAAAGAGGAGGAUCUAAAGAAAAAGGAGCUGAAGCCCUUAGAUAUUUACAGUUUUAUAAAAGAAACCAAUGCACUGACCUUUGCUCCUUACGAUGGCUGCUGGAAUGCCUGUCGAGGAGACAAGUGGGAAGACUUGUCCAGAUCACGGGUGCGCUGCUAUGUCCACAUCAUGAAAGAGGGGCUCUGCCUUCGAUUGAGCACCCUGGGACUCUACAUAGAAGCAAACAGACAGGUGCCCAAAUUGCUACCUCUUCUUUGUCCAGAAGAAUCACUGGUUCAUGCAUCAGCCCAGAUUGUCAACAAACACUUGGUUGGAGUUGACUGCCUCAUUGGGCCAGAUACACAGAUUGGAGAGAAGUCAUCCAUUAAGCACUCGGUCAUUGGUUCAUCUUGUGUCAUAAGAGAUAGAGUGACUGUCACCAGUUGCCUUCUCAUGAACUCAGUCACCGUGGAGGAAGGAAGCAACAUCCAGGGCAGUGUCAUCUGCAACAAUGCUGUGAUCGAGAAGGGAGCAGACAUCAAGGACUGCCUAAUUGGAAGUGGCCAGAGGAUUGAAGCCAAAGCCAAACGAGUAAAUGAGGUGAUCGUGGGGAAUGACCAGCUCAUGGAGAUCUGAGUUCUGAGCAAGUCCGACGCCUUCCUCUUGGCCCCCAGAACUACAGAUGUUGGCUGGCCCACCUGUUUGACUGUAUUUAUUUCCCAAUAAAGAAGGGCUCCCACAGGCA